GUUACUAUUUUAAUAAGUCUUUCUUAUUCUUUCAAUUCCCACACAAACGAUGAUUUAUCAAAAAGGGUUAGUCAAAGUCUUUAGAGCAAGUCCUUCUGAUUAUAAUGUUAAGAAUCUCUCUAAAGGAUUAACUGAACCCACUUCUGGUGAAGACGUAAUAAAUGAAGCCGUAACACAAGAGCUACCUGGGAGCAGUUCGUGCGAGAGCCCAAAACAAGUGUCUUUUUCGAGUGAAGAAUCUCCUAGUAAAGACGUAAUAAAUGAAGCCGUAACACAAGAGCUACCUGGGAGUUCAUGUGAGAGCCCAAAACAAGUGUCUUUUUCGAGUGAAGGAUUACCUAAACCUCCUGGUGAAGACGUAAUAAAUGAAGCCGUAACACAAGAGAUACCUAGAAGCAGUUCAUGUGAGAGCCCAAAACAAAUGUCUUUUUCUAACGAAGGAUUGCCUGAAUCUUCCGGUGAAGACGUAAUACAUGAAGAUGUAACACAAGAGCUACCGUCUUUUUCGAAUGAAGGAUUACCUAAACCUCCUAGUGAAGACGUAAUAAAUGAAGACGUAACACCAGAGCUACCGUCUUUUUCGAAUCUUGAAGGUACAACAACACCUCAAUCUAGAAAGAUACCAACAAACGUAAUAAAUGAAGACGUAACACAAGAGCUACCGUCUUUUUCGAAUGAAGGUACAACAACACCUCAAUCUAGAAAGAUACCAACAUACGUAAUAAAUGAAGACGUAACACAAGAGCUACCGUCUUUUUCGAAUGAAGGUACGACAACAUCUCAAU